CAAGCACGUAUUAAUGAGCUCCAAGAGGAGGUGUCCAGACUGCGAUUAGGUCGCGCAGGUCAACCUCGCGAUUUCACCGAUAAAAGCAUCACAAGUCACGAGAUGGUAACCCUUCGCAUGAAAAUGGAGCGAUCAGAAGUCGAGUUGAGUGAAAGAAAAGCAGAGCUGGCCCAAUGUCAGGCCCGAAUGAGGCAUGCCGAAGAGCAGGCGGCUGAUUUACGGCAACACGUUCAGCUGUUAAAGGAACAAAUCACAAACCGCGAACAACAGCAUACCCUUUUGCAAGGCGAUGUCGACGCCUUAAGGCAAAAGUUGGAAGGUAAGAAUCAGCAAAUGGAGCAACGAGAUCAACGAAUAGAGCGCCUAGAGAAGGAAUUAGCAAGCGCGAAGGGAGAAGUGAGCGAAAGGAAUGAACAGAUCCAGCAAUCGGAUCAUAGGACUUCCCAGCUGAUGGGACGUAUUGACGGCUUGGAAACGUCGCUCAGAGAUAAAGAGGCGGAGUUGGACAAGGCCAAG